CACCUUUUACUUCAUGGGGCGCAAAAGGAACAGGCCACAAGCGAAUACAGUCACCACUCAGCAAAAUACUCAAUCUUUGGGUUUUAAUGCUAAGAAGGAAAACAUGGGCAGGAAGAUGUCAGAGGGAAGUUUGUUAAAGAAGGGUUGUCAAGAUGUUAGCCACAUUGUAAGGGAUGAGUUAGGUGGUUCUUCUUCUGUCAAGAAGAAUAGGAAGUACAUUGAAAUAUCCUGCAUGUGCCAUCAAUGUCAAAGAAAUGAUAAAGGCAGAGUUGUGAGGUGCACAAAAUGUAGGAGGAAAAGAUAUUGCUUACCCUGUAUACGAAAUUGGUAUCCUCAUUUGAAAGAGGAGGACAUUGCUGAAGCAUGUCCCAUGUGCCGUGGUAAUUGCAACUGCAAAGCAUGCUUGAGGUCCGAUGUACUUAUCAAAGAAAUGAAGAUAAAAACAAAAACCAACGAAGAUGAGAAGGUCGAAUUCUCUAUGUAUUUGCUGCAUGUACUUCUUCCGUAUUUAAGAUUGAUGGAUGAAGAACAAAUGAUUGAGAAUGAGACAGAAGCUAAGAUACAGGGGAUCUCAGUCUCUGAGCUUAGAGUAGUACAGACAAUUUAUUUUAUGGAUGAGCGUCAAUAUUGUGACAACUGUAAAACGUCAAUAUUUGAUUACCACAGAAGCUGCACAAAAUGCUCUUUUGAACUAUGUCUCAUCUGUUGCCGUGAGCUUCGUAGUGGGCAGCUUGUAGGUGGUGCAGAUCCAAUUAUGUUGGAGUUUUCUAGUAAAGGUCGUGGUUACUUGCAUGGUGAAAAGGUAGAUGGAAGCGUAAACCAAACCGAAUCAAAUGAUGUUGCUAAGCCUGUGGUUCGCAAAUGGUCAAGAUCUGGAUGGCAUGCAGAAAGUAAUGGUAGAAUUCCUUGUCCAAAAGUCGGUGAUGAAUGUAACCAUGGAUUUCUUGAACUGAGAAGCGUAUUAGGUCAACAUUUUAUUACUGAUUUAUUGUGUAAAGCAAAUGCACUAGCACAAACAUUCGAGCUUGGGACCCCUGACAACUUCUGUAUGUGUUCAAGGCUUGAUAGAAACACAGAUGUUAGAUAUCAUGAUACGAGGAAGGCUGCUUCUCGUUCAGAUUCCGGUGACAACUAUUUGUACUGUCCUAGGGCUGCACAACCACAGGACGAGGAUUUAUGGCAUUUUCAGUGGCAUUGGGAAAAGGGGGAGCCUGUCAUUGUUAGCCAUGUGGUUGAUUGUGCAUCUGGCUUAAGCUGGGAACCACUUGUCAUGUGGCGGGCAUUCCGUCAGUUGUCUAAUACCAGGCGUGAACAACAUUUGAAUGUGAAGGCAAUUGAUUGCUUAGAUUUGUGUGAGGUUGAAAUUAACAUCCACCAAUUCUUUACUGGGUAUACAAAAGCUCGUGGGGAUUGGCUUGAUUGGCCUAAGAUAUUGAAGUUAAAAGACUGGCCAUCUUCUUGUUUAUUUGAGGAACGAUUACCUCGACAUUGUGCUGAGUUCAUAUGCUCCUUGCCAUUCAAAGAAUAUACCAAUCCUCUUGGUGGUUUUCUUAACCUAGCUGUAAAAUUACCUCUAAAGUGUCUGAGGCCAGACUUGGGGCCAAAGACAUACAUUGCUUAUGGAUUUCCUCAGGAGCUUGGACGAGGUGACUCUGUGACUAAGCUCCACUAUGAUAUAUGCGAUGCAGUAUAUGUGUUGGCUCAUAUAGCUGAAGUUCAAUGGGAACCGAAGCAUCUUACUGCCAUUGAGAAGCUGAAACAAAAGCACUUUGAGCAAGACAAAAGGGAGCUACUGAGUGAUGAUCAGGAUGGAGAAACUAAUGUUGACACGCAUUAUAAUAUAUCUUCUGCCCUAAAUUCCUUGGAGAAGCAAAAUAGUGUCCAAGUCUUGGAAAACAAAAGUGGAUGUUGUGAUGAGAAAGAAGCUGAUCAGUUUCAUCAACCCUCUGCUGGUAGUGAGGAUGGUCUUUCGUGCGGAUCAGAGCUCAACGAGGUUGACAGAGCAAAUAUGAAGGGAGAAAGUGAUCUGUCUUUUGCAGGGGAUGGUUCAGAAGGUGCACUGUGGGAUAUUUUUCGGAGGCAGGACGUGCCUAAAUUGGAGGAAUAUCUCAGAAAGCAUUUCAGAGAGUUUAGGCAUAUCAAUUGCCGUCCUUUAAAGCAGGUUAUUCACCCCAUCCAUGACCAGACCUUCUAUUUGACUGUGGAGCAUAAGAGGAAGCUUAAGGAGGAGUAUGGAAUUGAGCCCUGGACAUUCAUUCAGAAGCUAGGAGAUGCUGUUUUCAUUCCAGCUGGUUGUCCUUACCAACUCAGAAAUCUGAAGUCAUGUAUUCAGGUUGCUCUGGAUUUUGUUUCUCCUGAAAAUGUUGGUGAGUGCUUUCGUUUGUCGGAUGAAAUUCGUACACUUCCCGUAAACCAUGUGUCUGCUGAGGACAAAUUGGAGGUGAAAAAGAUGACACUAUAUGCCAUGCAAGAUGUCAUAACAACAUUGGAGAAGGCAAAGGUCUGAAGCAAAUAUUCAUUGAGGUGUUUUUAGGUUGGGUUUCUAUGCAUGUUCAUGACUGUAAGAAAGGUUCCAUAUUGUGUUUUUUCAACCACACAUGAAAAGGGUUUUUUUGGUGAACAUUAUACGACUUGUAAACCCAGUCUACCUUUUGAAAUUCUGAAUGCUCAAGCAAUGGAAUUUUUAGGGUUACAACUUCAUGCA